CAUCAGCGACCUGCGCUCGUGCCCUUCUGCUGUUGCGGAAGCGGUAGCAGACAGAGUAAAGAGCGCGAGCAGCUACCCUGGCUCUGUCAGGAUGGCAGCGCGCAGCAGGCCGCGAGCAGGCCAACUUAAAGAUGAGAUCGACGAGGAACGGUCACUGUGGAACCAGAUACGGGCCGACGGUCGGCGGUUCGAUCAGCUUAUGGCACGGUCCGAUGAACUUCAGAAGAAGAUAAUGGAGCUCGAUGCAGAGCAGGCCGCUCGAAUAGCGCGCGGCGACUCCCCGUCUAUGCGCAUCGACGCCGAGCUCGACCAGAACCUCCGCGAGAACAUUAAACUCAGCGAAGAAAUGCUCACGCUCAUCAAAUCCGAGCGCGGAAACGACAUCUGCGAGCAGCUUAGCAUCCUGUCCGCGCUGCGGUCCGCCGACACCGACAGCUCGGCAUCACGUGCCACCACCGUCGGUAAAUCCCAGCGCGACCGCCAGAACAAGCGCAAGCUCACCGAUACGAUCGACGACCGGGAUAGCAUCGCAGCGGACAGCCCCGUUGCGCCAAGCCCAAAGAUCCCCGGCAAGGACCGGCUUAUGCAGAAGUCGGGCGGGAGCAGGGCGGGAUCGGUGCCCGCGGCGCGGGAAAGCAGCGUCAAGGCUGAGGAAGAUAGCGAGCAUGUCAAGGGUAAGAGGGCCCAGACAAAACACCGCCUCACCGUCAACACCGAAGUCCUCUACCGCAACACCAAAAACCGCACCUCCACCACCGAAGGCGAAGGCAUCCUCUGCCGCGUCACCUCCGUCAUCGGCGAGGGCAAGCAGCGCCGCUACGAGAUCAUCGACUCCGACCCCGACCCCCCCACGCCCAGCAUCCCCUACCGCGCAUCGGUCAACCACCUCGUCGCCAUCCCGUCCCCGGCGUCGAAUCUCACGCUGCCCGAUCUGCCCCCGAAGCGCAAUGUGCUGGCGCUGUACCCCGGGACCACGACGUUCUACAAGGCGGAGGUGGUGAGUGGGUGGAGUGGGGGUGGGAAGGCGGCUGGUGGGGUGAAGAGGGAGGAUGCUGCUGUGGCGGCGGAGGGGAGGGAGGAUUUGGUGAGGCUGCGGUUUGAGGGCGAGGAUGAGGUGGAUCGCGAGAUGAGUGUGGAGAGGCGGUAUGUGUUGCCGGAUCGGCAGUGAGGUGUGUUGGUGUUGUUGACGCGACGUUGGGUUGGAUUUUUUCUAGAUUGAUCUUCGGUGAUGAUGUUGGGUAAGAUGUUGGUUGGGUUGCAUGUAUGGUUGGUUGGUUUGUUGGCAAGAUCUGGAGACCAUGUGAGAGUGCAUGUGGGGACCACAUACGGGGAAGGCGUUGGCUGUUGAUAGGAU